AAUGGGCAGAGACCGGUUGGUGGGCGGCCGGGAGCCCAGGAUGUGACUUCCCUCGGGGCUCCUCGCAGCCGCUAUAGGUAUCACUAUCUGUUGGCUGGGACGCAGGUCUUGGAUUCCAUCCUUGAGACAAGAAAGACGUGGCGAAGGCCCGGAGGUGAGGCCUCUGCCGCCGCACUUAUUCUUGCGGCUCCCCAGGGACGGGCCGAAGAAUGGCGGGCUAGUCACCUCCGAGUCCUGUCCCCUCGGGGCCGGAAAAGACUCCUCUUGUCGGAACCAGGGGUCACUUCCCUAGCUGCACUAGCCUACCUGUAGACAGCGGCCCUGACGGACCAAACACAUUUUAUGAGCAUUUUCUUUCUUUUAUUCUUUCAAUAUUUUUUUGGCUUUUCUGAGAGUUUAAAUCAGCUACCGCUGCAAGGCGUUGUGCUGUUAGUCUUAUCAUAGGCAUGGUCUUGGCAUUGCCCAAAAUGUAAGUGCCAGUGCAUCCUUCUCUGCUUCUGUUAAAGUGGUCCUCUUGAUUUGAGUGCGGUGCUCUACUAUUACAUUGAUAUGACAACUAUUUACUUAGGCUGUCUCCUAACUCUACUUGAUUUUAAAGAAAAAUAACUGCUAACAUAAAUUGAGCGCUUACUUGUGCCAUCGUGGUGCUAAACUUAUAAAAUGGAUUGUCUCACUGAUCCUGAGAACCCUUUGAGGUUAUUCUCCCAGACAAGAAUAGAAGCAGCCAAGGAGGAUGCUGUUGAACCAGUUAGAAGGCUUUUACCAUCAUCCCAGCAAGAUAUGAUAAUGUGGACUUGGGAAAUGUCAGAGAAGAUGCAAAACAGAGGACAGAUUUCAGAGGUUCACAAUCUCUACUCUGCAAUCCCAAAAUAAGACAAAAACAGAAAACACUCUGAAACUCAAAAGUGUUUUGUGAGUUUGGCACCGGGACUCUUUGACAACAAAACAAACCGUGGAUAAACAUGAAGCCUCCAUUUUCUUACUACUCAUAUCCAUUCACCACAUAUACCUCUGUAUUUGCUGAUGUUUCGUGACUUGGAAUUAAUAGCAUUGGAAAAUGUCCAAAAGAGUUAAAGAUAUACCUAUGGAUAAUGGUGAGAAGAAGAAAAGGAAGCAUCUGUCUUUAUCAAUAGCUCAGAAAGUAGAGUUAUUACAGAAGCUUGAUGCUGGUGUGUCUGUAAGGUGUCUUACAGAAGAAUAUGGUGUGGGGACCACCACCAUAUAUGACUUAAAGAAACAGAAAGACAAAUUGCUGAAAUUUUACAGUGACAGUGAUAACCAAGAACUAAUGAAAAACAGAAAAACAUUACAUAGGGCCAAAAAUGAAGAUCUCGACCGUGUGUUAAUUGAAUGGAUUCGACAACAAAGAAGCAAAGAUAUGCCCCUGACUGGUUUAUUGGUCAUGAAACAAGCUAGAAUAUACCAUGAAGAACUGAACAUUGAAAGCGAGUGUGAAUAUUCAGAAGGGUGGCUGCAAAAAUUUAAAAAGCGUCAUGGAAUCAAAUAUCUUAAAAUGUGCAGUGAAAAAGCUUCUGCGGAUCAUGAAACAGCUGAAAAUUACAUUGACGAAUUUGCUAAGAUAAUAUCUGAUGGAAACCUUAGCCCUGAACAAAUUUACAAUGCUGAUGAAACAGCUCUGUACUGGUGCUAUGUUCCUAGAAAAACCUUAAUCAUGGCCGAUGAAAAGGUACCAACAGAUUUCAAGGAUGCCAAGCAAAGAUUAACUGUUCUUGGAUGUGCUAAUGCUGCAGGUACACAUAAGAUAAAACUGGCAGUGAUUGGGAAAAGCCUACCUCCAAAAUGUUUAAAAGGUACAGGCAGCUUACCUGUGCAUUAUUAUGCAAACAAAAAAGCAUCAGUAACCAGAGAAAUCUUUUCUGAUUGGUUCAAUAAGCACUUUGUGCCAGCAGCACGAGCUCAUUGCAAGGAAGCCGGACUAGAAGACAAUUGCAAAAUUUUACUGUUCCUAGACAACUGUUCAGCACAUCCCCCUCCAGAACUUCUUGUGAAAAGUAAUGUUUUCAGCAUCUUCCUUCCCCUGAAUGUGACAUCCGUAAUACAGCCUUGUGACCAAGGAAUUUUACGCUCCAUGAAGAGCAAAUAUAAACACUUUUUCUUGAACAGGAUGCUUGCUUCAGUGAACAGAGGCCUGAAAAUCCAGGACUUCCUUAAAGAAUUUAGUCUUAAGGAUGCCAUCUAUGCAAUUGCUAAUGCAUGGAAUGAUGUUGAUAAGUCAACAUUAACAAAUGCUUGGCACAGACUUUGGGCUACAAUGAUGUUUGAAAAUGACCUUACUGAUGAGGAUUUUGAAGGAUUUAGAGACUCUAAUGAGAAGAUCAUGAUAUCAAAACUUAUUACUUAUGCCAAAAGUUUAUCAGCUGAAAGUGUAAAUAAGCUAGAAGAAGCUGACAUUGAAGAAAUACUGAACAUUGAUAAUGAUGUACCCGUUGUGCAUCCUUUGAGCGAGGGGGAUUUUGCUGAAAUGGGUGUAAAUACAGAUCAGUAUGAAGAUAGUAGCAGUCACGAUGAUGACAUGAAUACAGGUGAAAAAAUCUCUAUAGAACACCUGGUGAAAAUGUGUGACCAGUUAAUUGCUGGUCUUGAACAAUGUGCAUUCAUCAGUGAGCAAGAGAUCAUGGCGAUUUACUCAAUUAAAGAGAAAUUGCUGAGACAAAAACCUGUGUUAAGGAGGCAGAUGACGCUGGAAAAGGCCUUUUAAAAAGUUCUAUGUCACUUGAGAAUCCUGUUUCUGGCUCAUUAUGUCUAGCUGCCUCCUGGUUUUAUAGACAAUGGUAAUAUUGGUGUAACUUUUUCUCCAAGAUUCUCUAGGAACCAGAAGUGAUGAACAUUUAUUGCAUUUAUAUGUGUUAUACAUUAGUUUUCAUCAGUAUGAAUAUAAUUUUUACUUAAAAAUUUCCUUUGGGCUGGGGAUGUGCCUCAAGCGGUAGCAUGCUGGCCUGGCAUGUGUGCGGCCCAGGUUUGAUUCUCA